AAUAGCCUGCACUAAAAUCCAGAAAUAAUCCGAAUUAUUGGACAUUUCAUAACCGGAGCUCACGCCACUGUUAUCAGUAGUCGCAUAGAAAAAUAUCUUGCGGGUCUUCGGCCAGUUGCACACACAACCUAACCAGAACCGGCACGUUACUUCCAGUUACUGCAGCAUGUCUUUGAAACAAUCCACCAAAUUUUUGUCCACCAACGGCGUUAACACCAUUAAACAGAGGGCCAGCUCAUGGUGGUCUCAGGUGCAGAUGGGCCCCCCGGACGCCAUCCUCGGCGUCACCGAGGCCUACAAACGCGACAGCAACCCAAAGAAAAUCAACCUGGGCGUCGGCGCCUACAGGGACGACGACGGCAAGCCGUUCGUGCUACCUUGCGUGCGUAAGGCCGAGGAGAGCAUCCGCGCCAAAAACCUGGACAAGGAGUACGCCCCGAUCUCCGGUACGGCGGACUUUUGCAAGCGCAGCAUCGAACUGGCGCUGGGCGAGGGCUCCGACGUCGUGGCCAACGGUUUGAACGCCACCGUCCAGGGCAUAUCCGGUACCGGUUCGUUGAGGAUCGGAGCCGCCUUUCUGAGCAGCUUUUUCCCCGGUUCGAAGGUCGUUUACUUGCCCACACCCUCGUGGGGCAACCACACGCCCAUCUUCAAGCACGCCGGGCUGGACGUGAAGACCUACAAGUACUAUGAUCCCAGCACCUGUGGACUGGAUUUCAAGGGGGCACUCGACGAUAUUUCCAAAAUCCCAGAGAAGUCCAUCAUCCUCUUGCACGCCUGUGCCCACAACCCGACCGGCGUGGACCCCUCAAAGGAACAAUGGGCCGAACUGUCGGACCUGAUCAAGAAGAAGAACCUGUUCACGUUCUUCGACAUGGCUUAUCAGGGUUUCGCCACCGGUAGCGUGGACAACGACGCCUACGCCGUGCGUCACUUCAUCAAGGAGGGCCACAAGAUCUGUCUGGCACAGAGCUACGCCAAAAACAUGGGCUUGUACGGCGAGAGGGCGGGAGCCUUUAGUAUCGUGGCUGAGAGCAAAGAGGAGGCCGACAGGGUGAUGUCGCAGAUCAAAAUUUUGAUCCGUCCCAUGUACUCGAACCCCCCGAUUAACGGGGCCAAGAUUGUGUCCGAAAUUUUGGGCAAUCCUGCCCUCAAAUCUGACUGGUUGAAGGAGGUGAAACUGAUGGCGGACAGGAUUAUUAGCGUUAGGACGAAGCUGCGUGAUAACUUGAAAAAGGAGGGAUCGACAAAGAACUGGGAACACAUCACCAAUCAAAUUGGAAUGUUCUGUUUUACUGGCAUGACUCCAGAUCAAGUCGCCAAAAUCACGAAAGACUACAGCGUCUAUCUGACCAAGGAUGGUCGUAUUUCAAUGGCUGGUGUCACUAGUAAAAACGUAGAAUAUCUCGCCCACGCAAUGCACGCCGUUACGAAAUAAUUUUAGAAACGAGAAGCGCACUAGUUUUCUUAUCAACGCAUUAUAAUUGUACAUUUAUUUUAUUGUGAACCUAUCAAUUAAGUAUAAAGUAUUAUAUUGUAUCAAUUGAAUAAAACUACGUAAUAAUAAA